CGGUGACGCGCGGCCGUAAAGCGAGGCGGGCGCGGCUGCCGGCGCGGGUAAAAAUAAAUAGCAGACGAGAACAGAGUCCACUGAAAUGUGAGAAUGGCCAGUUCUUUAAGAGGUGAAGUGUUGAAUCUGUACAAAAAUCUGCUGUACCUCGGAAGGGAGUAUCCCAAAGGAGCGGACUACUUUAGAAGCCGUUUGAAAGCAGCUUUCCUAAAGAAUAAAGAUGUGAAAGACCCUGAAAAAAUUAAGCAACUAAUUGCACGGGGAGAGUUUGUUAUGAAAGAGCUGGAGGCUUUGUACUUCCUCAGGAAGUACAGAGCCCUGAAACAGCGCUACUACAGCGACGACAGGCGGUGACUGCUGUUAAUGGCUCUGCGUGUAACGACACAAAUCCCUAAGGAUAAACAAUAAAAAGAGCUGUAACCCCGGAAGAAA